GAGGAGGAGGAAAAGUAGGAGGAGGGGAAGGGAGAAAAGGAGGAGGAGGAAGGAUAGACGUACUCGGAGACGAAAGGAGGACGAAGGAAGGAAUGGGAAGUGGCAUAACGAAUAAAGAGGGAGACGGGCAGGUGUUCAAACCGUGCUGUUCACACACCCAAGAGCCCAUUUGGAGGAGGAGGUCGGAGGACGGAGCGAUACUGGAGGAGGAGAAAAAAGAUGGCGGUGGAGCGAAACGCGAGCAUAGAUUUUCUCAAGUCCAGUUUGUCAUAACUCCUCCAGUCCGGGACCGAGCGCGCGUGGGCAUCCGCAGUUCGCUCCCGUUCUCGACUGCCGGUAUGGCCGCGGGAGCCUGUUCGUCGGGCCUGUCCUCCGGCUCUUCGGACACGCAGAGCCAGUCGAGCGGCGGAGACCACAAGAGCGACACCCCGACUCCUGAAGGCACAAGGAAGAACGGCGAGGGGUCUUCCUCGUCAUCGUCUUCGUCAGCGUCCUCGUCGACCUCCGGCGUGGCCUCGGGCGUGAGUGUGCGCUGCGGGAAGGGCCACGAGCUGCCUGUGACUGCUGGAGCAAGGGAAUCCGCUGCCCUUCGUCAGGAGGUGGAGACGCUGCGUGCAGAGAUCACGAAGGCGCGACAGACCAUCUUGCACAUGCAGGAGCGAGAGAAGAAGCUCAAGGAGAGACUGGGCGAGAGGGCGUCCCGUGGGCUGGAGCGCAGCGGGGGCGGAGGUGGGCGUGUGGAGAACCUAAGCCUGGGGGAACGACGCCCAUCCGCCCUCGUCCGUCGCUAUGGCAACCUCUACGCCCAGGCCAGGGUGGAUACGCUCGACGCUCUGGAUACCCUUCCGGAUCUCAAGAACGCGGAGGAACUCAAGUCGAAGCUGCUGUUCAGCGUCGUUGUGCUGGCCUUCCGCUCAGCCUCGGCCUCUGCAGCAUCCCUACGAGAGGAAGUCAGGCGUGUGAUGCAAGUCCCGCCCCCGCCGCCCACGGGAGACAUUCACAGCCAAGACCUCUACGCCCACGACCCCCACACCCACGCUCUCGAAGUGGGCGUGUCGGCGUUCCUGACUGCCAACAUCGAUAAGCACGACCUGACGAAGAAUGUGGAUGAGGUGUGCCAGCAGAUCUGGGCGACGCUGUACGACUACCCGGCCCUGAAGUCGUGCGAGGGCCUCCUGCAGUACAUCAAGGACUGCGUGCGCCUGGCGUGGGGCCUCAGCAACCAGACGCCGGCCUUCGUGAUCGACUACGAGACGCGUGUCUUCAGGAAGGAAUACCACGUCCGCUUCCACACCGCCGACCCCGAGAGCGACGCCAUCAAGACCUACCUGUGGCCGGCGCUGCUGGAGGGCCCCGGGGGAACGUGCGUGCAGAAGGGCGUCGUCAUCACCUAAGGGUUGAAUGUCGGAGGAAGGGGGGCGCCUCGCGUGCGUCGAGGCGUCACUGGGACCAAUCGUUGGGCGGAGGGGUCGAGAACUAGGGUCCCCCCCCUUUCCCUCUACCCCCUCAUCACCCUGGACUGCGUACUGUACAUACAUUUCGCUGUACAUAAUAAUUGUACAUUACUCUACGUACAACGGACAGCAGAAGCUCCACAAAGAAAGUAGUGGGGACCUUUGUAUACUACGAAGAAAUAAUGUACCCAAUUUCUCUAUAUAUGUAUAUCUUUACCGAAUGUGUAUUAUACUAACUUGUAAUUAAGUUAAUUAGGGAAGUGGAUAUUGCUGUUUAGGCUCAUUAUGAAAUCUUAAUUGAAGUUUAUUGUUUGUUUGUUUAAAGGAGAGAGUACAGUUGGACUUUGAUGUAUAAAUGAAGAAAUAAUGACGAUGUGUUUGGAUUAUUAACUGUACUCUUAGUUAACGAAGUAUUCUUUAUAGUAUAGUUGUGUAUAUUGGAAAGGUGUUCGUGUGUAGUGACUUUGUCAAUUUAUGAAAUCAAAAAAAGGUAGGAAAAGCAAGUUUGAAACGAGUUGUGUUUCACUCAAGCUUGAUGUUUUUAGAUUUUUUUUUUAAUUGCAAUAUUCAUUCAACCUUCGUGUUUGUUCUUAUGCAAAAAUAUUCUUUUUUUUCCAUCAAAUUUCCUUUUUAUUUAAGAUUGUCUUUACUUAUGAGGUGUUUGAAGGUCUCUUUUACUAUACAUAUCUGUUAAUAGGUGUUUUUUAGUGUAUUCCGAGUCGAAUAUACGAAAUAGAAGCGCCAUAUCUGUUUUUUUCAUUUUAUUAUUAUUAUUUUAUUACGAGUAACGUCGAUUUGAAAAAGGGACGAAAAAAAAAAAAAAUCAAAUUUUCUGAUUAUGACCUACAAUGAAUUUCCUUAUUUAUAUAAUUUAAUCUUAGUUCUUAAUCUAUUCUUUCUUUUGUGUUCUCUUGUCUCAUAUUUAUUCGUUCUUGUUAUUAUUUAUCAGUACACUCCCAUAGCUUUAAUGUGCGGAAAUAUUCUUAAUAAUUUAGAAUAGUAUUUUUUUUCCCCCCCCAAGUAAUUUAAUUUUUUCCCCUCUCAGGCCUUUCCUUGGUGAUAGUUCUUGCCUGUCUAGAAAUAUAAAAAAAAUUGUGAAGAUAUUAUGUUAGGAUUAUAUAUGUGCGAGUGCGGGUGUAUAUACACAUAUAUAUAUGUGUAUAUAUAUGUAUACACACAUACAUGUAUGUAUGUGUACAUGUAUAUACAUAUAAUGUAUAUAGGUUUGCAUGUAUGAGGGUGUGCGUGUGUAUAUAUGUAAGCUUAAAAAAAAAAAAUUAUGUCAUCUGUCAGCAAACCAGAGAUAUUACAGAACUUUUUUUUCCAAAUAUAGUUCUGGCUUCUAUCCCGAAUAUGUAUUUUCGGUGUGUGUGGGGGAGGGGGGGGGCGAUGUUGACUGAAAUCAAACACACCCCUCCUCCUCCCCCUGUCCCUCUCCCUCCCCCCCUCCCCCCUCUGGCUAGUAUUACGACGCGUGCCAUCUACUUCGGUAGAAUUUUUCUUAAAUGUAAAUGGAAAUAUAUAAUAAAGGUUUAAUAACACUUGGAAAAA